CGCUUGUGUCUCCCUCUUGCGGGCAGCGGAAGAAGGCUGCCCUCGGCCUCGCUGCUGCGCCAGAACCACGAGGGACCCCGGGGAGAGAGGAAGGCGGCCGAGGCCGAGAGGAAGGCCACCUCACAAUGAUCAUCCCAGUUCGGUGCUUCACCUGCGGGAAAGUCGUGGGCAACAAGUGGGAAGCCUACCUGGGCCUCUUGCAGGCCGAAUACACAGAAGGGGAUGCGUUGGACGCCCUUGGCCUGAAGCGCUACUGCUGUCGGAGGAUGCUCCUGUCACACGUGGAUUUGAUUGAAAAGUUGCUGAACUAUGCGCCCCUGGAGAAGUAGUAGCGUUGGCACCCUGGAACAGAGCCACAAUGAGGCUGGAAGACACCCUCCCCCCUGUGGAUGGAUAGAUAGAUAGAUAGAUAGAUAGAUAGAUAGAUAGAUAGAUAGAUAGAUAGUCUGUCUUCAGAUUGUAUCCAAACCAGGCACCUCCCACUGGAGGGUGCUAUUGUGCAAUGGAAGGAUUCUGUCUCAUUCAGUGAUGUGCAAUAAAGAGCAUGGUGCAUAGGAGCACAUGCACUGUGUUCCCAAAAGAAUGAUA